UGUGAUUAUUCAUGGAGGGAGGUUUAGGAGGAGUAUAAGUUCCCCACUUCCGUCUGCCAGCGUCACUUUCUCGACCAGCCAGCAGUGAGCCUCCACAUCUCAUUUUUCUCUUCAUCUUCUGCCGUGCCUCCGAGUCUUCUCCAAAAUGAGCUACAGACCAGCCAGCGGGCAGCAGACAUCUUCUACACGCAUCUCGUACACUCGCUCUCAACCCGUGCACCGAGCUUUCAGCACUUAUGCAGGUGCUGGUGGACAAGGCGCCCGUGUCUCCUCCAUCUCUACAGCCGGUAUGCGUUAUGGUGCUCCAAUCAUGUCAGCAUCAGCCUUCAAGCUGAGCAGUGCAGUGGGUGGAGGUGUGGGUGCCAGGUUUGGUGGUGGUAACGCAGGUGCUACAGUAUCUAUGAGUAGCAGUGGAACCGGCGGUGGGAUCCUGGGCAAUGAGAAGGGAGCCAUGCAAAACCUGAAUGACCGCCUGGCCAACUACAUUGAGACGGUGAGGAACCUGGAACAAGCCAACAAGGAGCUGGAGUUGAAGAUCAGAGAAGUCCUGGAGAAGGGAGGUCCUGACAUGAGAGACUACAGCAAGUAUGAGCCCAUCAUAGACGACCUACGCCAGCAGAUUUUUGACAAGAUUGGAGAAAAUGCUCGUUUUGCCCUCCAGAUCGACAACGCCCGUCUCGCUGCUGAUGACUUCAAAGUAAAGUAUGAGAAUGAGAUGGCAAUCCGCCAGUCUGUGGAGGCUGACAUCGCUGGACUCAAGAAAGUCAUUGAUGACACCAACAUGAACAGGAUAAACAUGGAGAAUGAGGUUGAAACUGCUAGAGAAGAACUAGUGUUCCUCAAGAAGAACCAUGACAAUGAAGUGAUGGAGCUGAGAAACCAGAUCGCCCAAUCAGGUGUGCAGGUGGAUGUUGAUGCUCCCAAAGGUCAGGAUCUGUCUCAGAUCAUAGAGGAUGUGAGGGCCAACUAUGAGAAAAUUGCCAUGAAGAAUGCAGAGGACCUGAAACGAUGGCAUGAAAAUCAGAUUGCAGACGUUCAGGUGCAGGUAUCACAAAACACAGAAGCUCUGCAGGGAGCCCAGGUGGAGCUGAGUGACUUAGCUCGGCAGAUACAGACCCUGGAAAUUGAACUUGCAUCCCAACAAAACCUAAAAGCCUCCUUGGAGGAUACCUUACAUAACACACAGCUACGUAACAACAUGGAAAUGGAGAAGUACAACAACAUUAUUGUCCAUCUGGAGGAGGAGCUGACUAACUUGCGUGCCAACAUUCAGCAGCAGGCCCAAGAAUACCAGACACUGCUCAACUUGAAGACCAAACUUGAGGCAGAAAUAUCCACCUACAAAAGCCUCCUGGAUGGUGGAGACUUCAAGCUUCAGGAUGCCCUGGAUGAGCUGGCUGCUUCAAGCUAAUUUGGAAUCAAGUCUGGGUCCAUCUCAAAAAU